AUGGUUCGUACCAGAAAGAGGCUGAAUGGAGAAAGCGUCGCUGGUCUCAAUCACAAAGAUCUGGAACUCAAACAGAGACACCAGCAGAGGCACCAGCACAGGUACCGGCACAGGCACAGGCACCAGCACAGGCACCGGCACCAGCACAGGCACCAGCAGAGGCACCAGCACAGGCACCAGCACAGGCACCAGCACCAGCACAGGCACCAGCACAGGCACCAGCACAGGCACCAGCACAGGCACCAGCACAGGCACCAGCACAGGCACCGGCACAGGCACCGGCACCAGCACAGGCACCAGCACAGGCACCAGCACAGGCACCAGCACAGGCACCGGCACAGGCACCAGCACAGGCACCAGCACAGGCACCAGCACAGGCACCGGCACAGGCACAGGCACCGGCAGAGGCACCAGCACAGGCACCGGCAGAGGCACCAGCACAGGCACCGGCAGAGGCACCAGCACAGGCACCGGCAGAGGCACCAGCACAGGCACCAGCAGAGGCACCAGCAGAGGCACCAGCAGAGGCACCAGCACAGGCACCGGCAGAGGCACCAGCACAGGUACCAGCAGAGGCACCAGCAGAGGCACCGGCACAGGCACCGGCACAGGCACCGGCACAGGCACCGGCACAAGCACCGGCACAACACCGGCACCGGCACCGACACCGGCACCGACACCGGCACCGGCACCGGCACCGACACCGGCACCGGCACCGACACCGGCACCGACACAGGCACCGACACCGGCACCGACACCGGCACCGGCACAGGCACAGGCACAGGCACCGGCACAGGCACCGGCACAUGCACCGGCACAGGCACCAGCACAGGCACCGGCACAGGCACCGGCACAGGCACAGGCACCGGCACAGGCACCAGCACAGGCACCAGCACAGGCACCGGCACAGGCACAGGCACCGGCACAGGCACCAGCACAGGCACCAGCACAGGCACCGGCACAGGCACAGGCCUGUGCCGGUGCCUGUGCUAA